AUGGAAAGAGCUCGCAGACGUCUUGCUUCUGCAAUUGAUGGCCUAAGAGCACAAUUCACAGAUGCUGAUUCGCAAGAAGGCCCUUCUUCGUCUUCUGCUUCGAUAAUUGCCAAAAUUCAUUCAAUGGUUAGAGAAAAGCUUGAGGAUAGCGAUUGCAGGCUUAGCAAGAUAAUCCGUCACGGCUUUCCUGACGGCCCCAGAUGUAUGGCCUUUGAUCCAGUUCAGAAAUUAUGUGCAAUUGGUGCUGCCCGGGGUUGUGUUAGAUUACUGGGACAGGCCGGUGUUGAACAUUUUUUACAGCAUGAUUCUGAUGAGCCUGUCACUCACAUUCAAUUCCUCGGAGGGUUAAUUACGGCUUUGGGGGAUGAUACUUUACAUUUAUGGAAUUACAGGCAAAGAACUCCAGAAAUUGUUCAUUCACUUAAAAUGUCAAAAGAAAGUAUUACUACAAUAUAUUUACCUUUUCAAAGUAAAUGGUUAAUGGUUGGGACAGAAAAGGGAAAUAUUUAUUUUAUUAAUUUGGGAACUUUUGAGUUAUCUACACAAAUAAUUUAUUGGAACAAAGCUGUUGAUAUGAGUUGUCGUACACAUCCAGGAUAUGUUAAAACAUUACAAUCUUGCCCAACAGAACCUUCAAAAAUAUUAAUUGGAUUUGAAAAAGGUCAUGUUGUCCUUUGGAAUAUUUUGACAAAAACAGGAGAACGUUUUGCUGCUGCUACUGAACUUAGCCCUGUGACUGCUUUUUGUUGGAAUAGUGAUGGAAGGCAAUUUAUGUGUGGACAUCAAAAUGGUUCUCUUUCAAUUUGGAAUAUUAAAAAGCCUCGUGAACUUAUUCACAAAACAACUCCACAUUCCCCUAUUGCAUCUUCCGGUGGAGGUAGUUCACCAAGUUCUAGUGGGGGAGCAUCAGCAACACUUCCCUCACAACAUAUUUCUUGUAAACCAAUUACACAAUUAAGUUGGAAUACAAACACAGAUGGAGAACAAUUAAUUAUUUUUGCUGGAGGAAUGCCAAUGGAUGAAGGAGCACUUCCGUCACUUACAGUCCUCAGAGCAAAAGGCUCAUUAACUGUUCUUGAGAUGGAUCACGCAAUUGUCGAAAUGGUUCCGCUCAACAAUUCUCCUCAUGCAUCAGUUGCCCAGCAUCCACAUGCAAUUGCAGUACUCCUUAAAAAUGACCUUCUGGUUGUGGAUAUACAAGCACAAGGGUAUCCUUGUUUUGAGGUGCCGCAUCCUAUGGAUUUGCACGAAUCGCCGGUGACACUUUUAAAGUUGGGAAAGAUUUUAACUUAUAAAAACAAGCAAUAUUUAUUUUUGGGUAUUACUCUGAUUGCCCUGUUGAUUUAA